CAGAAAUUCAAUUGUGUUUACCUAUUUCCCUGAAAUCUUCUGUUAUAGAUUAUAAACACCACCACAAUGGCUCCAGUAUUGAAGAAAUACAAGGCCGCCGCAGUCAAUGCGGAGCCCGGGUGGUUUGAUCUUCAGGAAGCUGUUGCUCGUACGAUUCACUGGAUCAACGAGGCUGGGCAGAAUGGCUGCAAGCUCAUCGCUUUCCCUGAACUCUGGAUUCCGGGCUAUCCGUACUGGAUGUGGAGGGUUAACUAUCAGGAAUCGCUCCCUCUGCUGAAGAAAUACCGCGAGAAUUCCCUCCCUUCCGACUCCGAUGAGAUGCGCCGUAUCCGCGAAGCUGCUCGGGCAAACAAGAUCUUUGUAUCCUUGGGUUACUCUGAGCUGGACCUGGCUAGUCUUUACAUGUCCCAGGUGAUGAUUUCGCCUUCGGGAGAUAUCAUCAACUAUCGCAGAAAGAUUCGUGCGACACAUGUCGAGCGAUUAAUCUUUGGCGAUGGAACCGGCGACACCACGAAGAGCGUUGUCGAGACGGAGAUUGGACGUAUAGGCCACCUGAACUGCUGGGAAAACAUGAACCCCUUCAUGAAGUCCUAUGCUGCGAGCCUUGGCGAACAAGUGCAUGUGGCAGCCUGGCCAUUGUUACCUGGAAAGCAGACUCUGCAAUACCCGGAUCCAUACACUAACGUCGCCGAGGCAAACUGUGACCUCGUGACACCCGCCUAUGCCAUCGAAACAGGCACCUAUACUCUUGCUCCCUGGCAGACUAUCACCGCCGAGGGAAUCAAGCUGAACACACCCCCUGGCAAGGAGCUCGAAGACCCGAGUAUAUAUAAUGGACACGGCAGAAUCUAUUCCCCAGACGGUCGGAAUCUCGUGCCUCAUCCGGACGUUGAUUUCCAGGGUCUUCUUUACGUUGAUAUCGACCUUGAUGAAUGUCACCUUACUAAAGCACUAGCAGACUUUGGCGGUCACUACAUGAGACCCGAUCUUAUUCGCCUCCUGGUUGACUCCAACCGCAAGGACCUGGUCGUUCAGGAGGACCGCGUGAAUGGCGGAGUUGAAUAUACCAGAACAAUUGAUCGUGUUGGCCUGUCUCGUCCUUUGAGUAUCCCCAGGCCAGGUGAAGAUGAGCCGGAGCAGUAGUCAGCGAAAUGUGUCUUGGUUAGUAUCCAGCUGCAUCUUUUCUG